AUGAUUAGGAAGAAACGUCUAAGAAAGACAGGCAUUACUGAUUUUGGUGGAGAUGCCUCACUUCCCACACAUGCUUCAGCAUCAUUGUCAGCUCCACCACAACCCCCAGCAUCAUCCCUAGCUCCACCACAACCUAUAGCAUCCUCCCCAACUCCACCGCAACCUCCAUUAUCUGGCCAUGCCCCAUCACAACCUCCAGGAUCUAGGCAGACUCUAUCAGAAUCAUCCACCCCACAUCUAUCUCAGGAUAUUCCAUCGACAGCCUCGUCUACAUCACGUCAUUACUGGACAGUUAAUGUGAUAGAUGAAGAAGGGCUUAUAAAACAGGAAAAACUAAGGGUUAAAGAUGUUUGGUUACUAGCACGUGGAAGGCGUGUUAUGUUAGAGUUCAAUGAAUCAUUCCAACCAAUUGGAGAUCCAGCUGGACUUCUUGGAGGGAUUUUAGGAGAAUUAGCCUCUGAUUUUGUUGCUUUUCCUGUCAACUAUGAAAGUUGGCACAAAGUACCGAAGACAUACAAAGAAGAAAUUUACAAAAAUAGAAUCAUGGAAAAAUUUAAUGUUGACGAGGGGCCUGCUAAAAUUUUUAUUUUGAAGAACAUUGGAAAGAAAUGGAAGGACAAUAGAUGUAAAUUAUACCAUGAGUGGUAUGAUCCCAAUAUUGGUCGAGAAGCAAAUAUUACAAAGCAUCCACCGAGAAUAUCUCAAGACCAAUGGGCAAGUUUUAUUGACUAUCGUGCACGAGAUAAGACUAAGGAGAUAUGUCAAAAAAAUGCUGAAAAUCGAUUCAAAUUGACAAUUCCACACACAGGAGGGUCUAAGAGUCUAGCAAGGAAAAAAUAUGAGAUGGAAAUUGAGAGUGGCCAGCCUGUGAGUAGGGGUUUAUUAUACAUUGCGACGCAUAAGAAGAAAGAUGGAUCUUUUGUGAAUGAAGGAGCACGAACUAUAAGCGAGAAAAUUUCUGAGAUUGAGAGCCAAGGCACGCCUUCACAGUCAGUCUCCUUAAAUGAUUCACUUGCUCGUGUGCUAGGAAAAGAACAUUCAGGCCAAGUUCGAGGUUUGGGCUUCGGUCCUAGUCCAAACCAAGUUUUUGGGACCACUGCUCAAUUCAGUGGGACAUCCUCGCCAUCCAAUAAUACUAGUACACCUGUUGUACAAUAUGUGAAAAAAUUGGAGGAAAAAUUAGAGACUAGUCAACAAGAGGUUCGAAGUUUAAAGAGUGCAAUGGCUUAUAUUUUCACCAAUAUCGUGGGGAAUAUACCACCUGAGUUUGCUGCUAUGCUCAAUACAAUGGCACCAGAUGCACAUAGUGGACCAGUGUCACCAGCAGGAAGGCUAUCUUCUAAUGCAAGUCAUGACAUUCAUCAGACCCAUCAAGAUCCAAACCAACAAAGUUGAUGUGAUGAUAUGGAA